AUGGUUUAUACUAUAUGCGCCUUACGCUUGGAUUUCGUGGAAUUACAAGAAAAAUUCGCCGAUGCUGAAACAAUCGUCUACUGGGACGUGGAGGAUUAUUUCCCGGUGACCGGUUUCGUUACGUUCAGUGAGAGAAUCAGAUCAGCUCUUGGUAAAGCCGGUUAUCAUGGUAAAGUGUCGAUUAGGGCUUAUCAUGGUGGUGGUGACAAGAAACCACCGGAGGAGGAGGAGGCUGAGGGAAUCACCUUUGUAUCAAGAGCCACUAAACGUGGUAGAAUGCACAGCAUGUUACUGGACAUGCAACUGUUUGCAACGGACAAUACUAGUCGUGCACCAACGAACUUGAUGGUGAUCACGAAAGGCUUGACGUGGGAUAAGGAUGAAGAGGAAACUCAGCUCGCCAAUUGUCUUACGAUUUUGAAUUCAGAAUGCUACAAUGUUCUCUUGGCAGUUCCUGAUGAUGACUACGAAGAUGAACUGAAAAAGAUGCCUUUUGACUUGAAAUACUCUGCAUGGCUUUGGAAAGACCUAUCUGCUGGAGGAUAUCCUCUAGACCGUGGCAUAAUCGAAGCAUGUCGACGACUACCACUAAUGAAGUACAUAGAGGAAGAUCCUUGUCCUAGCUGUGGAAGAGAAUCUUUUUAUGAAUAUGAAUAA